AUGACAAACUUCCUUCAGCUUGGGCAUGACCACUGGUUUCAUACACUUGUUCCUAAUGGGUAUGUCUUUGGAUGUUGUCUGGACAGAAAGAGUGAUGAAAAGCCAACUGCAUUCCGGAACAAGAGUAUGUUAUUCAGAAGGGAACUGAGGCCCAAUGAAGAAAUAACUUGGAAGUAA